ACUCGGUUACAAAGUCUUUAUUAGUUGGUCGGCAAGCUCCGACUCGACCAGUUCACCGACUGUUCCACAUCCAUUUUUUUUAUUAUCUCGUUUGUUUGUUUCUUGAAAGAUUACUUUUUCACUGGGACAAAUUUCCAUCCGGUGUUCCACAUUCGCGAGAGUUUCUUGACCGUCCCUCCGUACCACGUUUUUCCUCGUGCGAAAUUGUUUAUUUUUUUAUUUGUCUAUUUUUUUUAAAAAUCGAUCUCAUUUCCUCGUGAUCGAAUUCGCGUCACGAAAUACGGCGAGUAUCGUCGUUGCGGAGCAGACGAUUUUCCGAGUAUUUGAGCAUCGUUGAGAGUUAUCGUGAUUGAGAGAAAAGAAGAGGGAAACCAGACGUAUCUCCGUGCAUACAAUGUAACAUUAUCAUCAGCUGCAUCACGAGCAAAUAAAACGAGGAACGGUCUGAUCCGGGCUUUGUCUCGGUGAAAAAAAACAAACGCGACUUAAAAACAAGAACAUUCCAACCGGAGAUACGCUGUUCUUUUUUUCUCCACGAAUAUACGGAACGAAAAAUCGUAAAACCGUUGCAGCAGGGAGAGAUACUUUUGCUCCACGUGCGAUUGACGGUGCCCCACCAGUGGGCACGGCCUAAGAGCAAAAAAUGGCAGCGAAACUGUGGCGUGCAUUUUCGAGGAAACGCGUUGACGUCGACGACGACGGCGACAAGGGCGAACUCGCGAGGGUCCUCGGCGUCUUCGACCUCACAGCCCUCGGCGUAGGCUCCACUCUUGGCCUCGGGGUUUACGUUUUGGCAGGCAGAGUCGCCAAAGAAACCGCUGGCCCCGCUGUCUGCAUUUCGUUCCUUAUCGCUGCAAUUGCAUCGGCAUUCGCAGGUAUGUGCUAUGCCGAAUUCGCGUCGAGGGUACCGAAAGCCGGCUCUGCAUAUGUUUACAGCUACGUGACAGUUGGCGAGUUCAUAGCUUUCGUAAUUGGCUGGAAUCUCAUACUCGAAUACGUGAUCGGCACCGCGAGCAUGGCCCGAGGUCUCAGCGACUAUAUUGACUCUCUACUUGGCAAUGUGAUGCGCGAUUAUCUUCAAUCAAUAAUGCCCAUUGAUAUUUCAUUCCUCUCGGAGUAUCCGGAUUUUUUCGCCUUCGGUAUGGUCGUUCUUUUGGUCGGGCUACUUUGCAUCGGUGUCAAGGAAUCCUCGUACUUGAACAUGGGCUUCACGGUUAUAAAUCUUGCAACUAUUACGAUUAUCGUCGUGGCUGGUGCUAUUAAAGCUGAUCCAAAAAAUUGGAGACUCAAGCUCGAAGACAUACCCGCCAGCGCUGAGAAUCCAGGGACAGGUGGAUUCAUGCCGUUCGGUUUUGGAGGUGUCAUGAUCGGAGCAGCCAAAUGUUUUUUCGGCUUCGUUGGUUUCGACGCUGUAGCUUCGACCGGCGAGGAAGCAAAAAAUCCACAGCGCACAAUACCAAUUGCCAUUGUUAUUUCUCUGUCGAUUAUUUUCGCGGCUUAUUUCUCAAUUUCCACGGUUCUCACGAUGAUGUGGCCUUAUUAUGACCAGAAUCCACAAGCUCCAUUCCCAUACGUCUUCGCACAAAUUGGUUGGCCUGGUGUCAUGUGGAUCGUGAAUAUCGGUGCGAUAUUCGCUCUCUGUACGAGUCUCCUCGGCGCGAUGUUUCCGCUUCCUCGUGUACUUUACGCCAUGGCUAGUGACGGUGUGAUUUUCAAAUUUCUUGCUAAAAUCCAUCCGAAAACUCAGACUCCGGUGAUCGGCACUGUUCUUUCCGGAUUGCUCACUGCUGCGAUGACUCUCAUUUUCAAUCUUAAGCAAUUGAUCGACAUGAUGUCGAUUGGAACUCUUCUGGCUUAUACCAUCGUUGCAAUUUCCGUGCUUAUACUCAGGUAUAAAAACUCAGAGUACGAAACUAAACUACCGCCGAACGCACUGCAGUCGACACCGAUGGAUUAUUUCAAGCGGAUUUUCAAUCUUCACAAUAUCAAGGAACCAACCAAGUUUUCGAGUACGGUCGCAAGUUACGGAGUAUUGGCAUUCACUAUCACGGUUCUGAUUUUUGGCUUCGUUCUCAACAACAUGGGCGACUUCAUUGGGGAAACAGUAUUGACCUAUGUCGUAUUAACGAUUUUGGGCCUCAUAAUGCUUUGGCUCAUAAUCGCCAUCGGUCGACAGCCAGUCCAGGCUACAAAACUCGCAUUCAAAGUUCCUCUCGUUCCGCUAAUUCCCUGCUGCAGUAUUUUAAUAAAUCUCUAUCUGAUGCUGCAACUGGAUUCAUUCACGUGGAUGAGAUUCGCCGUUUGGAUGAUCAUAGGUUUCUCAAUUUACUUUUUCUACGGAAUUUCUCACAGUUUACAGGGCGAAAGAAACAGCCUGAUUCCAAACACGGUUACGACGCAAUAUGCCGAGCCUGUGAAAACAGUUACUAAAUUUUAAAUUUUUCAAAUCGAAGAGAUGAAAUAAUGAAAACUGUUGAAAAACAAUGUCAUUGAAUCGCCUUAAGUAUAAUCAUGCAACGUGAGCACAGACCAUAAAUGGGCAUAACGUGUAACUGGUUUUAUGCGUUAUGACAUGACCGGAAAUUUACAAACUCAACCAGCAAUUACUGGUUACAGGUAUUUUUAUAGUUUCAAUUCAUUUCGUAAUUCAUCAGUUGCAUCGCUACGUUAAGCACUUUUUUGACACAUGAUUAAUGAGAACCAUCCAUGUCCCGAAGCUACGACUCAUGAUUCAAAGUUGCAACGAGGUAUUGUCGAUAUUAUUAAUAAUUCCAUGAAUUCAGUUUAAAAAUAGUCCGAUCCAUAAUAUUUGAAAAAUUUCAUUGAAAACAAACGCUGAUUUUUAAUGUUCGAAAGAUUCAUUACAAAUUAUUCGUUCAGGCCUGUGAAUUUUUUCACAAAAUACUAUUUUCGUUGCAUUCAUGACAGUCAUCGAAACCAUUAAGCGUUAUUUCUAGCUCUUAAAAUGUACAUAAUGUAAUUACGCAUGAACGUAAGGAGAUAUCGCAGAGGAAUAAUUAUAAUUUAUAUGACUUUGUAUAAACUUUUAUUGUACAGAGAUAUAAACGACGAUGGAUUGUUUUAUUA